UCAUCCCACCUUUUUUUAAGCUUCAAAGUUAUCGAUAGCUGAUACAUCAAGCCAUCCUGAGACGACGCACUUUAACUUAAAACCAAGCAACUCUUUUCUUAUGUAGAAAACGUCAAUGUCGACAACCCGUGGUCGUGAAAUACCCCGAGAUGGCCGUAAAAUGCCAGGCACAGGGGCUAAAGAAGUCUUAGUUGCCUGUAUGCAUGCGUAAGCUGAAUUCAAGAUGGGAAAGUUUGUUUAUCGAAACUUGGUUUGCCCCUUUUCCCCUUACCGUCUCUUGGGACCGAAGUGGUUAUAUAAGUGACUCGAUCGAUCAUCUCUCCAUCCGGUCUGAACAACUCGCUCAUUACAUACACGUGUACGACUCCUUCAGUUUUAGACGAUCAUUCUGAGGGAUAUAGCCUAGCCAUUUAUUACUAGCCAAACCAACGUCCUCGAAACUUAACUUCCCUUUCUCACGUUUAUACGUUAGAUUUACUACAACACAGCCUGAUGUUUAUCAACAUGAAAGCAUACGCAGCACUAGCCUUUUUUGCGGUUACUACCGUAGUAGCUCAGACUAGUACUCAGACUGAUACUCAGG